UUGCUUUUAUAUUGCAUUAUUGCUCAAACCCUUCUUCUUUCGUCGUCGUUUCCGAUCACUCGCUCUCUUUCUAAGAUCGCACUUGUCACCACGGCGGAGUCCAAUCGGCACUCCAAUCGACAUGGUUUCCGCCGCCGGCUGCGACGACGAGGAGACCCAGGUCUUGGAUCUUGAUUCUACGGCUCCCGGGGAAGUCCCGAUCUUGUACGGUGAGACUGAAGCCCUAGAUGGCUCCGAUAGUUCUGACGGCGAGGGCGUUGGGGGGAUUGAUCAGCGGGGAAAGACGCAAUUGGUGAAUGAGUAUGAGGAUACCGCUGUGGUCGACAGUGGCGAUGAAGAGACGGAUAGGACCGAGGUGCUCAGUGGUGACGACGAGGGUGUUUUGGAUGAUGGUGCUACCCGCUGCGGAGAUAGAGAGGAUGAUGCAGGUGAUGCGUUCGGACCGGAGGUCUUAGAGAAUGGAGGAAACUCAGGCUUGGCAGAUGAAAAGAAAGUUGAUAUGGUUGAUUCUGAUGCUUCCACUGAUGAUGGUGGUGGUGAUGAUGAUGAUGAUGAUGAUGGGGAUGCCGGAUCUACUGUAAGGAGCUUUACUGCAGUUCGCACAGAAGCAAUGCGCACAUCUGGUCUUGCUGCAGCUCGAUACUUUGCUUCUAGGAAACUUGGACAUGUGUCGAGAUCUUUUAACAAUAUUGAACAUGGUGAAAAGGAAGACAGCGCUGUAGAUGGACAGAUAGGCUUGGAAGUAACUGGUGUGAAUAAAUGGACAAAAAGCAGAAUGGAACUGACACCUUUCAGAAUCAAAGUUGGUAAGUUAGACUUGGACCAUGAAAUUGCAAGCUUUGAGAGGUCUACCCAGAACUACUGUAAAGAGGGAAUCAAGAGCAGAUGCUGCAACAUGAGGGUGAAAAGACUGUUCAAUGAGUUGUUACCUUCUGAAAAGAAUGACAGUAUAAGAAAGGAUGACAGCAUCUUUUCAAAGGUGGACACACCUUAUUUGCUCUCAACUGAUGAUGUUGUUGCAGGAUUAAGCUAUGUUAAUUCUCAAGAACCUAGUAUUGUGUCCCAGGCAAAUGCAUUGGAAUCUGUAGAUAAGUUUCUUUUAAUCAAUGAUGUGGGGUUAUCUCAAGAAACCAAAGAUGUUGAAACUGAUAUUUUGAAGUCGUCUCUUGUUUCUGGUACAAAGAGAGUUCAACUGUUUUCUGAAAAGACAAAUUGCAGAAGUCCAGUUGGAAAGUCACAAAUUUUUGAUUGGAAUGAUAACCUUGAAGAUGAUGGAGGAGGUGAAUUCUUCAGUAAAAGAAAGGAUUCCUUCUUUGAACAAACAUGUGGUGCAUGGAAGACUCAAAGCCAACACCCGACUAGACAUCUCAAAUCUGCCAUAACCAGAGAUGCAGUUGGUAAAAGUGGAGAGGUAGGUACAAACAGAAAAUUAUUUGAUGAAGGAACAGUUCAUUCAGAUUCAAGGUUAAUGAUAUCCAGUCCUGUAAGAAGUAAAAGGAUUUGUAUUUCUGAAACAAAUAUAAGGAAGAAUCUUUUCGAAGAUACAAAAGCUCAAUUGGAUGUAACUGAAAUCAAAAGAGGUUCAGAUGGUAUAUGUGAUGUUGGUCCUGAUACUCAAAUGGCAGCUGAGGCUAUGGAAGCCUUAGUCCAUGGAUUUCUGAUUAAUGCAGAAAAGGAGGACACGGGGCAUCUUGAUGCUGAAAAUUUGACUCUGAAUUCCAAUUCUGCCAGAAUUCCAACUAUGAACACAGCUUCUUCAAAGAAUGUACCACAGGAAAAUAGGACUUCUGUUAAUGAUCCAGAAGUCAUUGUGACACGUUCUAAAAGGAGAAAGAUGCUCUCUACAAAAUCUUGUGAAAACCGAAAUGUACCUAGAGUUUCUUCUACUAGUUCAAGAAUGAAAAAUAGUUUGGUGGAUAUAAUUGCUAAAAGGCAGGCAAAGAGGGGAAAGGGGAAGCCAGAUAGGUUGAUAAAUACCAGGAGUUUGGUUAGCAGACAUGAUUAUUCUAAGUCCACUCUUAAUGAAAAGACACAACAGAUGGUGGACAGACAUUUCGAUGAACAACAAAAACAACAUAAUGACAUUUUGGUGGACAGACAUCUUGCACAUCGUGUUAGGUAUUCCAAGAGAGUGAAGAUGUUGAAACAGAAUAAGGAUUUACCUGAUUGUCAGAAAGUUCCUAACAAGUUGACGGAUGCACAUGUUUCUAGAACUGUAGAAGCUGUACAUUAUAUUGUUUCUGACACAUCAGAAUCAGUGGAGGCCGAAAAAGGUUGUGCUAAUGUAGGUUUAAAUCUAACCACAGAAGUGAAAAGGCAUCCUGCAACUCAUACUAAGUUGCUCAAUUGUGCAUCUCCGGGAGAAGAAUUUCAAACUUUAUCUUUGACAAAAGAUAGUUCUCGCUAUCCUAAACGGAGGAGAACAGGUCAGGUUAAUUCUGGCAACAUGAAUGGCGACUUGAAUAAAGCAUCACCUGUGUCAGGUAUUGGUACAUCAGAGACAAUUGAACGAUCCUUCAAACAACAAGGGAAGGAGAAAAUCUUCACAAGAAGCAUAUCAGAUAUCCUGGAUAAGGUUCAGCGGAAAAAGAGAACUGUUUUUACAUAUAGGUCACUAGAAGCUGCCAGAGAACUUCCGAGUACCAGUGUGGUAAGGAUGAUAUGUGGCAUGAAGACAAGAUCAUCACUUAAACCAUCUUCAGACAAGGAUACUGAGGAAUCGAUCAGGACAAUUUUGCUUCAAUCUGUUAUUCCAACUGAUGCUGAUAUUCUUUCUGUUGACCUUCAGAACCACAGUUUGCAUGCUGAAAAAGCAGAAAAACACAUGUCAUCUUCAGAAUAUGUUGAAAAUGCUGAAGAAAAUGACAAAUCAUUUGGGUCAUCAGAAGCAAAAGGCCUACCAAAUAAUUUAGCCUGUACGACACCAUCAAAAGAAAUGAAUGCUGUGUCACCUGUUUUUACAUCUCAAUAUCCUCCAAGAUCAUGCAAUAAAGUUGUAUCAACAUCUUUAGUUGCUAGAGAACUUCUUAGAUUAGAUGCUACUGGGGCAUCAACUCCUAUGAUGAAAGAUAUGCGAAGGCGGAAAUAUAUGGCUGGUGUUCGUGUUUUAUUUAGUCAUCAUUUAGCUGAAAAUACUAUUAAGCCGCAGAAGAAGAUUUUGGCACGCUUAGGACUUCCAACUGCAUCUUCAAUUUCAGAUGCAACUCAUUUUGUCACAGACAGGUUUGUUCGCACACAGAACAUGUUAGAGGCAAUUGCUGUUGGUAAACUUGUGGUUACACCUAUGUGGCUUGAAAGUUGUGGACAGGCAGGCUGUUUUAUGGAUGAGAAAAAUUACAUACUGAGAGAUCUUAAGAAGGAGAGAGAGAUAGGUUUCAGUAUGCCUGUUUCACUGGCUCGUGCAUGCCAUUGUCCUCUUUUGCAGGGUAAAAAAGUGUUUAUAACACCAAAUGUCAAACCCAAUGGAGAUCUUGUUUCCAGCUUGGUUAAGGCAUCUCGUGGCCAGGUUAUUCAUCUUUUCUAUGCAACAUAUCCUAAAUUUUAAGUCUAGAAAUCAUAUAUUCUUUAUUUUGGAUGUAAGGUUGGGCACAUCAAUGCUCCAACUUGCAUUGGAGAAAGCUUUGUGUGCUAGGCUUCCCUUUUUUUGGUUUUGAUCUUUAAAUAGGUAUAUAAGAUCUAGGGACUCUGUUGUUGAACUUGUGUAAUUAUCAUUUGCUUGUUGAAGUAAUAAUGACAGAGUGUCUUGUUAGGCACCUAUCUGGUAUUCUAAGUUUUGAAUUCACUUGAAAAGAAUCUCUAAUGAGGUCUUUCUUUAGUUCAUCCGGAAUCCAAACCGCAUUGAAACCCAGUAAAAGAAUUCCAGAGCAAUUUUUUCCUAGUGGUUCUGCCCCUUGAUGGGUAACUUUGCUAAUUAGACGCAGUAUGACUUCUUAAAUAACUAGAGAAAGCCUAUCAGAAAAACUUGGUCACAUAAUCCACCUUAUAUCUCAAUUAAAAAUUUCUGACCUUCAUCAAGUUAAACUUUGCUUCCCUCAAAUUAACAUGAAACAUCACUAAAUUGAAACAGAUAUUCUCUUAUAAAGGCCACCAUUAAUUUUAUUGAAGAUCUGAUCAUCAAAAAGUUCCUAGUAUAGUUAUUUGACUAGUCUAGAUAUAACAUUCGUUGCCACCAACGUGGCUCCAAAAGACUUGAUCGAUGUCUGAGCUAUGUUGGUUAGUUUUGGGUUAUUGAGGGCAGUGAGAUCCGAAGGCUUCUGAGGCCCACUGUUAAAGCCUCACUGGGCAGUACACAAGGAAUUUAAGAUGAGAAUGCAAGACUCAAUAUAGAACUCACCUUUGAGAAACUUUUGGGCAUGAAUAUACCUGUGGGUUAAUUUUUUUCACUACCAGGACCGUGGAAUGAUUAGAUAUAAAUAUAAUCAUCUGAUUCUUUUAAUCUGAUUAUAUAUUUGUAUGUUAAUCAAUCACACAUACUGAACUGCACAUAUAAAAUGGCUGCUAUUUCCAAUAUAGAAAAAUAGGGAAAUACAAAAUGAGAACCAAUUCCUUUGUUUCCCUUUUUGUCCUUUUAUUUUGUUUUCUUCAUUCUGUAUUUUUCACUUUUCUGUAAGAGUCUAGAAUGCCUUUCUUUGGACCCUUUCUUUUGCACAUACAAGGUUAUGUUUGCUGGGCUGUCUAGUUCUCCUAUCAGAUUAUAUUUCCUUGGCACCUACCCAUUGUCUCAUCAGUAUCCGUCUUCUGGCAAAAUUAAUAACUUGGCCAUUCUAUUAAUUCCCAUCACCUGUUCUUUUGACUGAAUGAGUUUUGAUAUCAUAGAGCCAAAGCAACAGUUAUCUUACCUUUAGACACACCCAAGUGUUCAGAAUGGGACUCAAAUUUGUACCAACCUGGAUUCAGUAACACUUUGGAAGAAACAGGUGAUGCAAUGGCUUUAUUAGCUGAUCAGUAUGCAGAUGCUUUAUCGGCAAAGAAUACUGGUUCCACAAAUCAGCUUUUGUUGAUCUGAAGGUUUUGUAACUUGUUGAUCAUCUUAUUAAACAGAAAAACAACCCUGAAUGUGCUUACCUACAAUGAACUCUUCAAAUUUAGGGAUGCAUCACAACAUCUCAAGAUUUUAUGUCUUUGUGUUUGUUGGUAAUUGAAGCUGGC